AUGAAUUUUGCUGCGAUAUUCAUUGUACUUCUUUCAACAUUUACCCAUGGUAAUAUUGAUAAAGUUCAAUUCGAAAUAUCUCGUGUAGGCUUACAAUUUAUACCUUUCGAUUCGAAUGAUCUUCUAACUACAGAAAAUGAUGCCAACACUAUUAUGCGUUGUGUCGCACAAUGUGUGAAAAAUAUUGCAUGUCGAACAGUCAACUUCGAUCCUUCGAUCAAUCAAUGUUCUCUCUUUACUUCAUGGAGUUUUGAAGGUAUCUUUUAUCCAUCAUCAUCAAAAUCUCAGAUUGGUUAUAUCAUUCAACAGCCAGUUUUCUACACGUCAUAUCUUCAACCAUGUAUUCUAUCUUUCAACAGUAUCAAUCGAUAUUUACAGUGUGUCAAUGAUACAUGGAUAUGUCCAAAUCAAUACUUCUUCAAUGGAAGUGUAUGUGAAUAUUGGCGAUCAUUCAAUCAAUUAUGUCGAACUGAUGAAUGGUGUGAUUCAUCAAAAUAUCUCACAUGUUCGACUUUUUCUAAUACGUGCCAAUGCAAUUCUUCCAUGUUAUGGAAUGGAUCUCAAUGUAUUUCUGGUCAGUAUCGGUCUAAUCUUGUUCUAUCAAUAAAAUCUCAUCCAUUUCUAUUUCUAGCUUGUCCAUCUGGUCAGAUUGGUGUUACAUUUAAUGAUAUUCCCACGCCAAUUAUCAUUCCUAGUGGUUAUGGAGGAUUCCAAUGGUCUAAUAUGAACGCUUGUACUCUUUAUUCUGAUCAACGUGCUUGUAACACUAAUCUCAAUUCAACGAGUUUUACCCGAAUGAAUGGAACUUUCACCUUGAAUACUCUCGUUGUUUAUGUUUACAGUAGCAGUGUGAAUGUCACUUUCACAGGAAUAAACACGGGCACGAUAUUGUAUAAUACCACGUAUACCACACCCAAUACGUACAUAUGGACAUAUACAUUCAACUGGGUCAAUAUCGAUACGAUCAUUGUCGAAAGUUCACCUCAACCUCAAACACCGAUAGUCGGUAUCGAUGAUGUUUGUGUCACUAUUUAA